AUGGGGCUGGUGGUGCUGAACCUGAGAAACAACGUGCUCAUUAUCACAAUCGGGACGGACUUCCACGCCAUUAAGUGCUCUUUUGAUGGCACCAAACCCGACAGCGAGGCCAAAUCUUAUGCUAAUGGAGCCAGCGACCCCCGGGAGGACACUAGAGGGAGGCCGUUUGGCAACCGGGUGAACAAAAUAAAGAACAUCUUCCUGCAAAUGGACGGCCAGCAACCGCCUGAGAGUCAGGAACCUGCUCACAAAACAGAUACAUCUUCUCCUGUAUCCCCAGUGUCCAAGUUCCCAGUCAGCACUCACAAAACCUGCCUCAGUAGCGCCAACAACCAAGAGCCGCAGAGCGCGGACAGAACUCUAAAGGGAGAGGAAGUCGAGGUCGAUAAAGUCACCCUGGCGGAAAAGUUUUCAGUUACCAGAAAACUCUUUGAGAGAGGGAUGAAAGAGCAGCCUGCCGCAGUGCCCGGCAGAGUUUCUAUUCGUGGGGCCCGGAGGUCCUUUGGAUCUUCUGAAAAUUGCAGCAAUAGUGUCAUCAAAAGCCCGACGUCACCCGUGGGGAGUGCCCCAGAGGAAAGGAGGGAUGUUGAGGACUCAAAACAGGUCAAUAGACUAUCACUUAACGCCGGGCCUAUUUCAAGGCGGUUGGAGAACUUCAUUGUGGAUGGCGACAAAGACGAGUCAGUGCAAGCUUCUGCUGAAAGUCCUGAGAAACUGAGCAGCCCCACUGAGCGCUCGCUGCCAUCACCUCUACGAGGGAGUUCCCAGAAACCCACCUCCCCUGGUACUGAUCCAGCACACAAACCCACAUCCCCAAACUCUGACACAUCACCCAAACCUUUCUCACCUAAAACAGACUCUCACAGCCCUCCGUUCAAGUCCAUCAGUCCGAUUUCAUAUAACCCGACCUCUCCGACCAGCAGGAGCACUGGCGAGCCUCUUUCACCCACUGCUCAAAGCCCGUUUAAACCGUCUCCGUCAUCGGGAAAUGACUCGGUGAGAGAGUCCAUGACAAAUGAACCAACCCAACUUAGUAGUACUCCUGCGAAAGAUGUCAAAUCUUCAGCAAGUAGCCUAUAUAAACGGCCUCUGAAUCCUGAGGAACCAAAAAGUGAAAACCACAUAAUUCGCAGUCCGUCUAGGGACAUCUCUUGUGAGCAGGCCCCACAAUGUCUGGACCCCACUGGUGCAGGAGUGGUACGGGCUGAGCUGGUAGUGGUCCAGAACGAGUCUUCAGAAAGCGAGGAGAGUGAUGAAGAGUUUUUGGAGGAUGUUAUGAUGGAGGUGAAGCUACAAAGGGAACUUAAAACUGAGGCACCGAUAGAACAUGUUGCUGACUCUCUGAAGGUGUUAUCACCUCAAAACCAUUCAGAGGACAAACAGCUGGAGAAGGAUGUGUGCUUCUCAGCAGAGCUGAAGAAAGAGGAACCAAAUCAAGAGGAUGAAGAAGAGGAGGAGGAGGAGAUCAUACAAAAGAGGAAUAGCUGUCAUGAAGAUAAUGAUGAGGACAGCGAGCAGGAAAAUCCAGAUGAAUGUGGGAAAACUUCUCCGGUGUUUUAUAGUUUUGAGAGCGCAGCGUUUGUGGAUGAUAAGGAACUGGUUCAGGACCUGCAGGUUGAGGAGGAUGAGGAUGAAACUGAGGUGUAUGAUGAGUUUGAGGAAGUUCCUGGUUUGUCUGAGGAUGAAGAACAGCCUCCAAGAAGGAAAAUCAGAUUCUCCACUGAGCCGAUACGGGUGUACAGCACACUCUCUAAUGAAGAGUACGACCGGAGGAACGAUGAUGUGGAUCCUGUGGCGGCGUCUGCCGAGUACGAGCUGGAGAAACGGGUGGAGAAGAUGGACGUGUUUCCCGUGGACAUCGAGAAAGGUGAUAAAGGGCUGGGGAUCAGUAUUAUAGGGAUGGGUGUUGGGGCAGACCAGGGUCUGGAGAAACUGGGCAUCUUCGUCAAGACUAUCAUGCAGGACGGAGCUGCAGAGAGAGAUGGGAGGAUCCAGGUGAAUGAUCAGAUUGUGGAGGUGGAUAGCAUCAGUCUGGUUGGUGUGACGCAACUCUUUGCUGCGACCGUCCUCAAGAACACGAAGGGAACUGUCAGGUUUCUGAUUGGCCGAGAGAAGCCAGGUACUCAGAGUGAGGUGGCCCGACUGAUCAGCGAGACCCUCGAGCAGGAAUGGCAGCAGCAGCAGCAGGUGGACGACACAUACGAUCAGUCCACUGAAGAGGACGAGCACUACGAGGAUGAGGAGGAAGGGGGAGAGGAUGGCAUCCUCGGUUCGAGUUUCGGCAGGAGGAAUGUGGAAGUGUACGAUCUGCCCGAGAGCGAGGAAAUGUUCCUGCCGUCAAACAUGGACACCGCUCAAGUGACGUUCAGAUUUAAAGAGCUCCAGAUAAAACACACUAUUGCAGAAGCCGAAGUAGAUGAACUGAAAGAGCGAUUGAGAGAGUCGUCAGAGGAGCGUGCGGCGUGGGAGGCGAGGGAAGCUCAGUUAGAGAAGAGCGUUCAGGAGAACUCUGAGAGGAUCGCUCAGAUGGAGAAGAACUGGCUGGAGGCUCAGGCUCUCUGCAAAAGCAUCAACGAACAGCUCAAUGACACGCAGAGUCAAUAUGAAGCUCUGGAUAUAAAAUACAGCAAAGCCAAGAAACUGCUCAAGGACUAUCAGCAGAAAGAGGUGGAGUAUGAGCAGAGGGAGGAGGACUUAAGGAGAACUCUGGAGGAGAGAGAGGCUAAAUAUAAAAUUCAGAUAGAGGAUCUGCAGCGCAGGCUGGCAAAGCUUGAAUCUGGGCGUCAUGAGUCUCCACUGUCGGGCAGUAAGUCUGCAGAUUCAAUUCUGCUGGGAGCGGACUGGAGUGAGGUGGUCCCUGAGACGGAGCGUUUGGACACGAGCGCCCAUCGCGCAAAGGCCCAGCUGGCCCAGAGAUCCAAACGGCAGCCGCCGUCCCGCAGUAAACUCAAAGAGACACUCAGCUCGCCAGCGAGAAGCCCACAGGGUGAUGAUGAGAGUCAGUCUGUGAGUCCCGAGUCUCCUCCGCCUCGUAGGAGAUCGAUCCAGGAGAGUUUGUCCCUGCCGGUCGUCACAUCUUCCUCUGCAAACCACCCGAAGGAUGAAGGUUCUGUUACGAGCAGCAGCCAAUCAGUGCAGAGGGAUCCUCAAGACCCCGCCCUCUCCUCCCCUAAAGACUCCUCCCCCUCCAGCUUCCUGCGGAAUGUAAAGAAGAGAGAGUCUAAAGGCAAGGGCAAAGAGGUCAAAGCAGAAGAGUCUAAUGAUGCGGCUGGAAAAGCCAAAAGAAGAUUCCCAGAUUUUGGUGGUUUAAGGAAAUCAGGAGGAAAGGGGAAAAAACUAAGCAAAGAAGCCACGAGGGCGUCACUGGACAGCAGGGGUUCAGCGGAGUUACUGGAGGAGUCAGGGGCCCGAGUCUCCCCUUCAGAGUCCAUGACCUCCAUCCCCACCUGCAUGCCCUUCUCCUGGUUUGGAGAGAAAGACCGUGACAGAGAGCCGUCGUCCUCGUCCAGCAGUCUCCCAUACACCACUGCAGACGCCAGCGAACACAGCCACAGCUCCAAAAACAAGAGUUUGUCAGUGCUAGAUGAUUCGAACCCCAGCAGUCCUGCUUCAGAUUUUUCUGGGCUGGUGGUGGAGCCCAACCUGUCAGGCCGCUCUCAUACAUUAACCUUCUCCUCCAGCGAGAUGCUGGAUGAGGAGCCUUGUUCUGGAGGGAAGGAGUAUCAUUGGCAGAACCGUCCCGUCUCUGAUUGGACGUCCCAGCAGGUGUGUCACUGGCUGAUGGGUAUGAACAUGGAUCAGUACACACCUGAGUUCAGCACACAGGCCAUCGAUGGACAGCAGCUCCUCAACCUGGACAGUGACAGACUCAAGGCUCUGGGUGUUUCCAGUCAGAAUGACCGAGCCACAAUCAAGAAGAAACUGAAGGAGAUGAAGAAAGCCCAGGAGAAGAUGGAGAAACAGCGGGAGAAGCGGGAGAAAGAGGCCAGACGCAGCGGACGGCUGCCUGCCAGCACUGACUCUGUGUGCUGAUGAUGUUCAGAGCGUCACGGUUUCUUCAUCUUUUCACUUUAAUUCUCCACACACUCCAGUGGCAGUUCCUCCGACACGUAUGAGCCGUUCUAGAGGAGUCGCUAUGAGUGAAUUCAGUCAGUAACAGGCAGUCAUCCUGAAACACUAAUGAAGCUGCUUACAAGACCACAUUUUACUCUCUUCAGUUCAGUCUGUGCAGCACAAAUAUGAGCAUGUUCAUCUACAUGUAGUGCAUUUACUAAGAAAAGUGUUUACAGGGUGUGUUGCCUUCACUGUAAAAAGAAAAAUGUUUUUUUUUAAAUCAGUAUUUUGUCUUUAUUUUCAGUCAAAUAUCUCAGCAUCCCUAUAUCAAGAUAAAUGUACUUGCAUAACAAGAGAUGAAUUACAGAUUCAGACAGAUCGGAGAAUGUACAAAAUUGUAUUAAAUGUUUAUUUUUGUUGUUGUUUUUGCCACUAGCGUAAAUUCCCAGUGAAGAAAUUGCGUUUAAUUCAAGAUACGUCCUCUGAAACAAAUCUAUAUCUUUGCUUCUCAAGUAAUUGUGUCUUUAAGGACGUUUUUACUGGAAAACAAGACAAAAUACUGAUUAAGAAAAAUAUCUUUGCAGUGUUCUGAGUAAUAAGUGAGAGAGAUUUUUUUUCUUUUAGACUAGCUUGUAAGAAAAUGAAUAUGGCUGUCCAAUUUAUAGCAGACCAAAACUUUUAUUAGUUUUAAUUGUAUUUAAUGAUACCACUGUAGGGGCUAUUAAAAAAACAAUCUUGCUAAGGGAUAUAUAAAUAUUUAGAUGCCAACUUUGCCGCUAAUAUUGUGGCACGAAUAGUGCUUUUAAAAAGAUUUCUUAGUCAUUUUGCUGGAUCCUUGUACAGUCGAGUGAUAUUGAGCACUAUAUUUUUACUGAAACAAAGGGGAACAUGGUUUAUAAAUGUACAAAUGAGAUAUUUAAUACACCACUAUUAGCAUAGCUUUAAGGAAGAGACAUUAACUUUUGUACACAUUUUCUACUAAGUAGAAUAGCUUGUUGGGCAAAACCAUUUGGCUAAUUCUGAAAAGCAGAGAGUGAAACUCAAAAUGAAAGGUGUUUGUUGUUUUUAUUUGGACGGUUACUGCUUUUAUAUUAUGGAUAUGGUUAAAAAAUACACAAUUGUUACAGAAUGCAGCGUAGUUUUAUUAGUGGCCAUGGCCCAAAUUGUAACAGAGGGUGUAAUGAUUUUAAGUAUUGAUUAUCAACUGAUUGUAAGCGUCGUUUUCAAAGAGACGCCACCUGUGCUCAUGUCAUCGUGAUUCUGUGGUUAUAUUUUUCUACCUUGUGAAAUAGAUGAUUUUGAACAGACAAAAAUCAAGCUUUCUAUCUGGUACAAAUAAAUGCUUUCACCUCUUGUAAAAGAAAAAAACGGUGUGUUUUCAGUCCAAAAUGCAGUUCCCUUCACAGCAGAACUGAUUU